CAAAGCUAACUGUCCACCACUUAGUUAGCUUACUUGUCCACCUCGAGAUUUAGCAAUUUACUAAACACAAGUGUGGAAAUUGAUAUAGAAUAACUCAAAGGAUAUGUUCCCACUGAAUUAAAACACACGCCUCACACAGAGACGUUGCUCUGCAACACAGGGCGCUCCAGCAGCAAUGUCAGGGAUUAAAAGGAAAAUAGAAGACAAUGACCCCGAUUAUGAUGACAUUUCGCUGUUCCAAAACAGUAAGAGAAACAAAGCAGUUGAACAUAAUGCCCGAGAAGCAGCGGUACAGAAGAUUGAAACCAUCAUCAGAGAGCAGUUUUCUUUAGAGAUGAAGAACAAAGAGCAUGAGAUAGAUGUGAUAAGCCAGCGACUCAAUGAAGCCAGGAGGAUGAUGGACAAGCUAAGGGCAUGCAUAGUGGCCAAUUACUAUGCCAGCGCUGGAAUAAUAAAGCACCCAGAGCAUGCUUCUAAGAGUGACCCUGCCAUGCUGAACCAUCCAGCCAUCCGCCGGUUCCUAGAGUCCCCAUCCCGGUCCUCUUCCCCUCUCAAUCAGGGCUCUGAGACUCAGUCUCUGGUCCAGUCAGAGUCCGAGUCCCUCUCACAACAAGGAGAGGGAGCUGAGAGGGAAGGAGAGGGAGCAUGGAGAGAGGCUGGCAGCAGGCAGGACCGCAGACCAGGGCGCAAUACCGGCAAGGACACAUUUGGUGUGCCAUUGUCUUCAGGAGCUGAGCAGAGGGUUACAUACCACCCUACCGGAAAUGAAGCCUCAAGACUGUAUGCAAAAAAGACAAUUGUUGUGGGGAAUGUUUCCAGGUACAUUCCCCCAGAUAAGCGGGAAGAAAAUGACCAGUCGACCCACAAGUGGAUGGUGUACGUCAGAGGCUCCAGGAGGGAACCCAGCAUCGACCACUUUGUAAAGAAAGUCUGGUUCUUCUUGCAUCCCAGCUACAAACCCAACGACCUAGUGGAAGUCAGUGAGGCUCCCUUUCAUUUAACACGUCGCGGCUGGGGGGAGUUCCCUGUGAGGAUCCAGAUCCACUUCAAUGACCCGCGCAACAAACGUAUCGACAUCAUCCACCAGCUAAAGCUGGACAGAACAUACACUGGGCUGCAGACACUCGGAGCAGAGACUGUGGUUGAUGUGGAGCUCCAUAGGAACUCUCUUGGGGAGGACUUCAUCCCUCAGCCCUCUUCCUCCAAGGUGACUCACAGAGCAGCCAGCCCCCCAAUGGGCGCCUCCCUGCCCCAGAGUUAUGGACGCUCCAGUUCUCCAGUCCCACACGAUGCCAGUGUGGAUAAAGGUUUCAUCAAAGCGGAGAUGGGCAGGUCUGCAGGCGGCCAUAGCUCCGGCCUCACCGCUGGUGAACGCACCCCAACCCGACCCAAAGUUGCAGACAGGAUCACACUGGGUACCCAUGGCAACUCUGCCUUCCAGCCCAUCACUGCCAGCUGUAAGAUUGUCCCUCAAGGACAGACGCCAAGUCCUGCUGAGUCUCCGGGGAAAUCGUUCCAACCAAUCACCAUGAGCUGUAAAAUAGUUUCAGGUUCUCCCAUCUCCACCCCGAGCCACUCCCCACUGCCUCGCACCCCCAUCACCUCCACCCCUGUCCACAGCAAGCAGGGCUCUUCAUCAGUCCUCAAUAACCCUUACAUCAUUGUUGACAAGCCCGGCCAGGUGAUCGGCAUGGCUUCCUCAUCCGCCGCCUCCACAGGAAGCCCCUCAGCCAAACAGUCUGUGGCCCAAGGCGCUCGCUCUCCAGCCCCCAAACUUCACUCCGGCACCUUCCUCUCAUCAGGGGUGAAGGUUAUUAUUAAGCAGGAGCCAGGGGAAGUUUCGACACAGCAGCAGCAGAUGGUUUCCACAGUAACCAGCCAGCAGCAGCCUGCCGCUACAGCAGCACACCAGUUUGUCGCAGUGAAGGGAGGUCACAUGAUCUCCAUGUCGGCCCAGAAACAAACAGGAGGGGCCACGGGGACCACAACUGGCAAGAUGUUAGGCAUCCCAGUUAGCUCUACGCUCCAGUCUGCAGUCAAACAGGUAGCUAUCAGCAGUGGACAAAUUCUGGUCGCCAAAGGCAACCCUUCUGUAUCCAAGGUGAUGGGUGGGAAGCAGGUUUUGGCUCAGGGUCUCGCUAAAGCCAUCGUCAGCGGAGCCAGUGGCCUCUCUGGACAGCAGGCGGCUGCCAAGGCGACCGGGGGGUCAAGUGGCAAGAGUGGAGUGAUGGCUACUCUUCAGCUGCCAGCCAACAACCUGGCUAAUCUGGCCAACCUGCCUCCAGGCACCAAGCUCUACCUGACCACCAACAGUAAGAACCCGUCGGGGAAGGGGAAGCUGCUCCUCAUCCCACAGGGAGCCAUCCUGCGAGCCUCCAGCGCAGGUCAGCAGUCCCAGAGCAGCUCAUCGACGGGCGCUGGGGGCUCUCAGACCUCCUCCUCCUCCUCUUCAUCAUCCAGCAGUCUGCCUUCCAACCUCUCCUACACGUCCUACAUCCUCAAACAGACCCCACAGGGCACGUUUCUGGUGGGCCAGCCAGCACAGGGUUCAGGGAAGCAGGGGGGUUCCAGUUCAGCAGGCCAUGCAGCAUCAUCUCCAGCAAAUGUUACCCAGCAGGCCAUCCGGGUGACAGCGGGACAGAAGGCUGCUAUCCUGGCUCAGGUGGUGGGCGGCUCCCAGGGUGCCCAGGUGAAGUUGUCCGACGGCUCUGUUAAGACGGUCACCGCGGCAGCAGCAGGCCACUUGUCCAAGCCCGGGACGACCACACUGAGGAUGACAGGCGGAGUCAUCACUGCCGCCUCCUCCACCCCCGGCCCCGUCAGCGCCGCAGCAGCCGGUCAACAACAGGCUGCCGAUGGCGGGAAACCUGCCUCUCAGCAUCACUCGCUCCUGGUGGCAGCCAAUCAAGCGGCAGUGAUCAAUGCAGCUAAGAGCGCUGCAGCAGCUGCGGCCGCUGGAGGCAGCCUGUCCAAGGCGGCCGUGGCCUCGCUGGUCAAGGGAGCCGGAAACUCUGCCGCCAUGACGAAAAGUGCUGCAGGCUCAACUGGAGCUUUAGUUACUGUGGCCAAAGGCAUUACCAACAUGCCUGUGGUCAGCAUGUCCAAGGGUGCAGGGGCGGGGACUGUGGGGGGUGUGCCCAAGAGCAGCGGCAAGUCAUUGGUCAAUGCCGCCUCGCUGGUCACCGGAAUGGCAGCAGCAGGAGGAAAGACGGGUGCUACUCUCUCAGGCAUGCUGAAGAUCCACUCUGGAGGCUCCAGCUCUCAGCAGACAGUCUUAUCCAUCCCUGCCAACCAGCUGAAGCAGCUGGGGGGGGGCGGUGGCUCUGGAGGGGUGCAGCCCAUACUCAUGCCUGUUGGGAAAGUGAAGACUGAGCCCGGCGCCGGCACAGCUGUCACAGCUGCUCCGUCUCCCCCAGCGACCGCUCCUGUCCCCACCUCUGCAGCUACGAUAGUCAAACAGGAGCAAGGGGCGGAAACCUCUGCUCACGAACUCAUCAACACUGAGCACAUAGAGACGCUGAUGCAGCUGCUGACAGCCGUGGUGAAGAAGUUCCCUCUUAUAGUGCCCGAUAAGACCGAAGACUCCCAUCCAUUCUGUGCCUCCUCAACAGAACAGUAUUAUUCCUGGACUAUUGGCAAGCGCAGAGCAUCAGAGCUUCAGCGGGCGGUGGCAGUAAAGCGGCUGGUCCAGGAUGUGUUGGACCGCUCGCCCCGCCUGCAGGCCCUCACCCCCCCAAAGACCAGAGAGGUGGUGCAGUGGUGCCGGCAGAGGGGCUACACGCCGCCUGACCUCGAGCCCCAACGCAAGAACGACGACGAGUCCAUCGAGGACAUCCUCACGCAGAUAGACAACGAGCCCGAGUGCCCGACGACCCUGAGCAGCUGUGAGGAGCUGGUGCUGCGGCUGGAGCAGAUGCAGGCUCUGCUGAAGACUGAGCCGGAGGAGGCAGACGACAGGAUAGUGGACAUCGUCACUGUGACCCCCCCAUGCCAGAAACUAAAGGUCAAAGAAGAGGAGCAAGAGGCUGAUGCUGAGCCCAAGUUCUUCCUGGGGCCAUGCAUGUCUGCUCAGUUUGUGGGUGACACAGCACAGCAGAUCGGGGUGAACUUCCAGCCAGUCGAGGUGGAGAAGAAUGUGUAUGCUCCAGUUGUUGAAGCCAUGAUUCUGAAGGCUACUGAACAGUUUGCCAGUGACAUCCUGAGAGAAGCUCUGGCUGGGGCGUUCGCCAAAUCCCCUCAGAACAGGGCUCCGAGAGAGAUCACAGCCAUGAACAUCCACCAGGCGGUCAGUAGCGUCCCCACCUGUGACUUCCUCACCAACACACACAUGGGUUACCUGUCCAAGGACAAUUGAGGCAUAACAAGAAGACAUUGACUGGUAACCGACCCCUACAGGGAUGUGAGGACUGUUCGACCUCCUGCUUAUGACGGAGAGACUCUUUGAAGUGCGUGAACAUUCACUUCUGGAUGUAGUCCUGUUGCCUCAGGUUGCGCAGUAAUAACUAAUGUACUGUAUUCAUUAACUUAAUUACAGAAGGACCCAGCUUGCUCCUCACAGCAGCCGAAUAACAAUUUCUAACACUCUUGUAUCAUUUUAGUCCUAAUGUACCAGAAGCAGCGUCGUGGGACUGGCGUCAUUUGAUUUUGAGAGGCUGUUGUGCGCUAGCUUACCUCAUAACAAGAUUAUUUUAAUGAUGAAGUGUUUCCUACUAGACAACCACCUAGUCAGCAGGGGAAAUGAAGCCUGAGUGACUUACAAAAAAAACAAAACCUCAUCAGACAGCUGUCCCCCCCUUGAUUCUUCACCCUGCUCACAGGUUCAGUUAACAGCGGAGGUGAAGCACAGAUUCACAGCGGGUUGUAAACACUAAUGAACAUCUGGGUAUUAGAGUUUCCAUCAAUCAAGUUGAUAGUAAUGUCUGGUGGGCAAAACAAGGAUUUUAUUCCAAAAGUGUCGUUGCUACAGCAACUGUCUGCGAACAUCCUUUGUUGUGUUUCAGUGUCACCUGCCAGCUGAAUUCUGGCUCUUACAAUACCGCUGUUUUUAAGGGUCCACGAGAAGAGGUAACUGAUUCAUGUUUCUUAUAUUUAAGUUGCAGCGUUUUAUGAAGGGUUAUAAAAAAAAAAACAUGUCUGACUCUUAACAAGACAAAGUCUAAUGAACAAAACAUGUCAUACAUAUCUUAAUAUGUAUCUACUCCCCCUUAAAAAUAGGUUCAGUUGAAAGUGCUUUUAAGUGUUCUGUUUGGCAACCAUAAUCAUGUGAUGUACACAGUAUGACCAAUUUGAAAUAGAUGGUGUUUUCAAAUCCUGUUUUAUUUUUUUAUCCAAUAACAAUAACUGCGAACAGUAAUGCCCUAACAGUAGUGAGUGUGUGUAUGAAUAUGUGCGUAUAGUGGAUGUAGUCGUCACAAAAGUGAAUGCAUUUGAUGGUAAGUGAGUGCGCUGUGUGUGUUUUGUGGGCUGAUGUAGUGUUGGUAAAUCUGUUUGAUGUGGAGCUUUGCAUUAUGUUAAUGUGAGGAUGAUUGGAUGAGUGGAAGUGUUUGGCCUGAGUGGUUGUGAUGCCUGUUCAACCAAAUUAGUGUAGAAGGUUACCAAAUGUUGUAUUUUCAUGUUUCAGUGCAAAACCAAAAAUAUAAUCAAUAUUCUUGUAAUAAAAAAGGAAAAACUUGA